UAGAAUUAUUCUAUCCUAAUGUUUUACUUUUCUAAUUUUAUUCUAUUUCUAGUCCUUAAUAAGUAAGAAUACAACAUGUUGAAAUUAUAACUUAAGCUAAAAUAACCAUAUAAAACGCUAUGUUUGGUUAAAAGAUGACGAUAAUAGUUUUCGAGAUCUGAAUAUAUAAGUUUGUGUAUAAGUUACUUGUGUACGUUUAAUUUUAUAGACGGAAUGGAAAAUAGACAUGCACCACCCGGUGUCAAUUCACGCUCACAGACAGCUGCUCAGUCUGCUGCAGAUCUCGAGGUUCUUCGUGAGAUCGACCAUGUGUACUUCUCGCCGACGUCCGAAUUCGACGCGGCUCGCUACGUGUUGGAGCACGCGCCUUCGCCUCCGGACUGCGUCGCUAUUGAGGCAAUGUUCAGCAAGCUGAAGCGACAACAGCAGGUAGUAUCUGGCAAAGCCCUUCACUUGAUAUCUCAACAACGUGAUAACUGUGAUAGAGAAUCCGCUGAAAUCCAAAACAUUCGCGCACAACUGACAGACACGUUAGAGACGUGUAGGAAAGCGAGAGAACGAUUAAAGACAGCCUCCAAUCAUUUGACUAUUUCCACCUUCGUCAUACUCGCUAAUGUUAGAAAGAGACAAAUUAUAAAAUCAGUUCUAAAGUCCCUGCAAUUGUUACAAAAUUUACGAAGCGUCGAGAACGACGUGGCUAAUUUUUUAAGCAAAAAAGAAUAUUAUGAAGCUAUUGAUUUAAUAUUGAAAAGUAAAAAAGCGGCAGCAGCGCAUAAAGAGUAUACUUGCAUAGCGGACCUAGCUACAAGACUUCAAGAUACGUUAGACAUGACAGAGGAAAGGCUAGAUUCAGUACUGGCCAGUAUCUGUUAUAAUUUCGACGAAAAUGUUUUUAAAAAAUUAAAGAAAGCUUACGACCUCCUUGGUAAAACUCAAGCCGCGAUGGAACAAUUACAUAUGCAUUAUUCCUCGGCUGUAAACGAAUCUGCUUUAGAAGCUAUAAAGCCCUAUUUGAAUAACAAUUCGUCGGAAAUUAAGUUUCAAGAAAUGUGCCAAACCGUGCCUACUACAAAAGCACCGCUUUGUUUGUUGAACUUGUGUGAAAAAUUGUUUCUCGUGAUGAGAAGUUACUAUUUGCUGGUCAGCUGGCACACGAAGAACGAGGAGGCUGUUCCGAGUUCAAAUGUUUUCGACAUAGAAAAGAACGUCAGCAGGGAAUACAUCAAGCAAAAAUUAAAAGCCGGUCUCAUAAGAAUAUGGAAUGACGUCCAAGCGAAGGUAUCUACGUUCUUAAAGAGUUCAGGCUUAGAAGAAUUUCCGUUUGAAAAGUUUAUACAAAUGCUGGGAAUAUUAAGAAAGUUGACGCAAGUUGCGGAGAUAUUUUGCGGCGACAAAUCGGAUUUAUUGCAAGAUUUCAUCAAAACCCAGAGCGUGUCCUACAUCAAGAACUAUCAUAGAGGCAGGAUGGAGGAAUUGAAGUUAUUCCUGGAAAACGAAGGCUGGGAACAGUGUCCAGUCAAAUCGACGUUCAACCUUCAAAAUUUACAAGAAUUCAAAAAGUUCAGGAAAUAUUUGAACCCGGUCAAAUCUGAAACAUCAAUUGCAAAGACACAAUCCGACGCAACGUCGUCCGCGGCGUCACAAGAUGACAGCGUCUAUAUAUUGAAAUAUUUUACCCAAAAAACAUCUAGAACACCCUUCGAAAUAUUCAGGAAUGAAAAUGUGACGAACGACGAUAUAUUCGGAAUCGAACCGGAAUCGGACGCGAGCGAUGAAUCGGAUGACGAACCGGAUGAACUGAGACGAGAUUUCGUUGAAGAAGACCGACACGAUUAUUCAACAACUAAUGAUUACGUACCAACGAGUCCUUCGAAAUUAAAAGAAAGCGUUAUAGUCACAAACACAACUCUUUCGGUUCUCCGAAAUUGCGGACAAUAUCUCCAAAUCAGUAGAUACCUACCCCAAAUCUCGUUAGAGGUUAUUAUGCUCAUGAACCAGCUCUUUGAUUAUUACUUCUACGCUGUCCACUUAUUCUUCACGUCCGAUUUGGACGUGGCAUCGUCAACUUUGUAUACUUCGAAACUAAAUUUAGUCCUCAAAAGGAUAUCCAAUAGUAUCAAUGUGUCGACUGAGGACAGUGCGAGUUUUGAAUGUCCAAGCGUUCCACAGCAUUUGGACAUGGAUUCCGAGGCUAAUUUGCACGGCUUGAGCGAGCGCAUUGUUGGUGUCGAAAGUGUUAUAUUCCUCGCAAAGCAAUAUGAACUUUUACACCCAUAUUUAGAGUCUGUUGUAGCUCAACAUCAACGAAUGAUCUUAGAACAUUUUAGAGAUAAUACGCUGGCUGUUGUGGCUGAUUUGAGGAUGCCUGUGUAUAUGUGUUCUGCUUCGAAAGCUGUGGACGCUCGAUCAGCUUUGAUAGCGAUGUCCCAAGUGCGAUGGGACGUUAAAAACGUUGCUGUUGAGCAUAGUCCAUACGUAGAUAUGAUUAUACGAAAAAUUCAAGUGUUUGCUCUCCGCUUAGAGAAUAUAGCAACAAGGGUGACUCUUAAUUUGGAGGUUAUAAACUCAAUUUGGUCAAUGGUUUCCAAAUUCAUUGUCCAUUUGUUAGUGGAAGGAUUUUCGAACGCGACGAAAUGUUCAAAUGGGGGUAGGGGGUUGAUGCAAUUAGAUUAUAGACAGUUAUUCGUAAAAUUGGAAAAAAUCUCCCGUCUCAAACCUGUUCCGUUUCAAGACUACGUCGAUAGAUAUGUAAAAGCGUAUUAUUUGCCGAGAAAUGAAUUGGAAUGUUUUGUUAGAGAAAAAACUGAAUAUUCCAAUAAGCACUUAUUGGCUUUGGUUUCUUGUGCCUGCGAAAAUAAACGAGACAGGCAAGCCUUAAGUGCUAUCGUUGAAAGUAAAGAUAAUUCCGUUUAACUUUCAACGUUAAAAAGAGUUUGUCUUGCAAUAAGCGUAGUAGCUGAUAAAAUACAGAUUAUAAAUAAGCUUAAUCUGUAAUAAUCAGUGCAAAGGUCUCGAAAGAAAUAUGGGUAUAUAUAACCUUUAAAAAAACUUUAUUGAAUAAAAAAAAUCUAGCGGAAACGUACUUAAGUAUGUUCGAAUUCAAUUUAGUAUAAUUUCAAAUGCGUCUAAACUUUUCGUUUAAAUGGAUGACAUUAUUUAAAUACACCAAAACGUAUAAGCUAAUCUUUGCUAAACUGGAAAGGAUCCCACGUGUAGGACAUUUUGCCCAGCUGUGGGAUUUAAACUGUUUUAAGGAUUAUAUAACGAUAUAAAUUAAAACCCUUGCUAAUUUCUAUCAAAUAUUGAAAUUGUGCAAACUGUUUUAGUAAAUUUUACCAAUUUAAAAAUUAUAGGAAUCACUCUGAAAAGCACUGUUAUUUUAAUUGGAUUUGAAAAAGUCUAAUUAUGAUAAUUUUUUAUACAAAUUAAUGCAGUUACGUAAUUCCGUAUCGGUUUUAUUACCUACUUCUGCUCCAUGUCUUCACACUGAAAAAAUAAUAAACGAUUCAAAAUAGUACAAAAAACUAAAUGACACUUGAUAUCCAAUUAGGAAUUGACGUUACAUACCGGUUACCAUUUUAAAAUAAGAACGACAAACUACAUUUCGUUCACUCUUUCAGUCUAUUAUAAAUAUUCAUUCGGUCGUUGACAAAAUUUGGAUAUAAGACUCCGAAUGUUUGAUUAUUGAUUUAAUUAAUUCCAAGAAAGCUAAAUUAUGGUAUGUAUGUUGUGUAGAAUACUUGAAUGUGUGUCUUUGAAUGACGAAUGAAAGUAGUACAAAGUAUGUUUCAAAUCUUUUUACAACUAUAUCAUUCUAUCAACUAGCUUUUGUAAAUUAUAUUGCUAUUUCGUUAUCUCUCUUUCACUCUCUCGUUAUAAAUAAAUGAAAAGAGAACAAUAGAUAUUUAUGCCCCAUUGACAAGAGAAAUAAUUAUGUCAAAUUUGUAAAUAAACGAUAUACGUCAAUAGAAUGCAGAUAAUAGAAAAACUAAUUUGUUUAAUUUUUUAAUUGCUUUAUUUCUGUCACAUGGUCAUAGAGGGAGUGGAAGGACUUACGUUCGUUCUUGAUGGUAAGGAGACGUUAAAUCAUCAGCUAUGUGUUUUUUAUGCAAAGAAUAAAUUGAUAUAUUCUUUAUAUAAAAAUAGUGUCAUUCGAGACGAGAAUAUAAACUUCAUCUAUAUUAGAACAGACUCGAAAGCGAGAGCUCCCCAUGACGUACAAAAUAAGUAUUUGGCACCAAAUUGUCUAUGGUUGCUCGUUCAUUAAUUCUUGUACAUAUUCUAUAUAAAUCAACAGUUCUCAAUUUGUAUCAAACUAUGACUAUAUUUUAAAUACAUUGAAGUCUCAAUUAAAAAUAUGAAUUUUUAUAAUGUAUUAUUUGUAUAAACCUGAUAAGAAUAAUUUUGAAUAACAAAAGAAUGUAAUUUUUUUUUUUACAGGGUUAAAAA